AUGGUGAGAAAGUCAAGAGCAGCUAUUCUGCCCACCAACGUGAUUCUGCUUCAAAAUUUGGUCAAGAGAGAUCCAAAAUCUUACCGGGAAGAAUUUUUACAACAAUACUCCCAUUAUGAAUCUUUGAGAGACAUUUUCAUGCUAAAUGCGUUGGAAAGCCAGACCACAGGUGAUACCAAUACCAAACAGUUUGUGGAGCUUGUGGGUUUUGUGAGCCAAGUGUGUGUAUGCUAUCCUGAAGAAACUGCCAACUUUCCUAAUGAAUUGAAACAACUGGUACUGGACUAUCAUAGAUCGCUGCCCUUUGAAGUGAAAGAAAAAAUCAUAUCGUCGUUGACCAUGCUGAGAAACAAGGGUGUUAUAUCUGCCGAAACUUUGAUACAGACAAUGUUUCCAUUGUUGGUGGCAUAUUCGUCGCACAGUAACGCUUUGGGCCACAACUCGCACGCCAAAGAGGUACGGAAAUUGGUGUACAGCACGAUUAUCUCGCUACUCAAGAGCUGCAAUACAGGCUCGAAAAACCAAAAACUAAACAAGUCAACUCAGGCGAUCUGUUUCAAUCUUCUGGACCAACCCGAUUCUCAAGGAGUUUGGGCCGCAAGACUUACACGCGAACUAUGGAGAAGGGGCAUCUGGGAUGACUCUAGAGCCGUAGAGAUUAUGACGCAAGCGGCGUUGAGCGACGAUGUCAAAAUCGCGUAUUCGGGAGUCCUUUUCUUUUUGGGAGCCGAUAAGGAACGUGAAGAGAAUUUCGAAGAGAAAUCUGACGACGAAGAUGUCGACAUGGACGGGCUCAGACAUAAAAUGCAGAUCAAUAAGAAGAGCGGUAAGCGUGGCAAAAAAUUGGAAGCGGCGUUGAAGUCGGUCAAGAAAAAGAAUGCUGGUCCUAAAACCCCUCAAGGGUAUCUAAAUUUCAGUGCUAUCCACCUGCUUCGUGAUCCACAGGGAUUUGCGGAUAAGCUUUUUACCAAACAACUAUCCAGCAAAAAUAACAACAGGUUUGACCUAGAUCAGAAGAUUGCACUUAUGCAGCUGCUUUCUCGUCUGAUCGGUACACACAAACUGACAGUCUUGGGAAUUUACUCUUUCUUUUUGAAGUAUCUGACUCCAAAACAGAGAGAUGUCACCAAAAUUCUUGCUGCUGCAGCACAGUCGUCGCAUGAUAUGGUCCCACCGGAAAACAUUGCUGAUUUGGUGCGCAAAAUUGCUGAUGAGUUUGUGAGCGAUGGUGUUGCUUCUGAAGUAGCAGCGGCCGGUUUGAAUACUAUACGUGAAAUCUGUUCGCGUGCACCCUUGGCCAUCGAUGAAACUUUACUUCAGGAUUUGACGGAGUACAAGGGCUCUAAGGCCAAAGGAGUAAGCAUGGCAGCCAAAGGCUUAGUGGCGUUAUACCGUGAAGUUGCACCCGAUAUGCUGAAACGUAAGGACCGUGGUAAAGUUGCUUCUAUGCAGUUGCAGGAGUCUGCUCGUGAAGGAAGGGAUUCCAAGAGACCUCAAUUUGGGGUGGAAAAUAACGUUCAGGGUAUAGCGGGUAUCGAACUGCUGGCUCAAUGGAAAAAGAAACAGGAAGACGCCAACGGUCAAGAGGUCGACGAAGAUGACGACCAGAAUUGGGAGGUCGAAGAUGCUGAGGACAACGAAGACGAAGAAAUUGAUGGUGAAUGGGUCACUGUCGAUAGCGACAAGGAAUACGAUGUUGAUAUGAGUGAUAGCGAUGACGAAAAGGAGAAGCCAGAAGCGAAAGAAGAGAACCUGGACCCUGAAACGGCUUUCAGAGACCUGGCUUCUUCCCGUGUUCUGACCCCUGCAGAUUUUGCCAAACUUCAGGAACUGAGAACGGAGCAGGGUGUAGCGCGUUUGAUGGGUGUCAGAAAUGAGGAAACAGUUGACUCCGAUCGAUUAGUGGGUCCUCUCAAACAUCGUAAAGCCACCAAAGAUGAAAGAAUUGCCAGUAUCAUGGAAGGUCGUGAGGGCAGAGAGAAAUUUGGUAGUCGUAAGAGUAAGAGAGACCAACAGCGGUCGACCACCAAUCGUGAAAAGGAGCGUAAGAAGAAUUUCGUGAUGAUGAUUCACAAGAGGUCCGUCAAGGGAAAACAGAAAAUGUCGCUUCGUGAUCGCCAAAAAGUUUUGCGUCAACACAUCACUAAACAGAAGAAGAAGGGUCACUAA